AUGGUUAAAAUCACUUAUCAUUUACCGUUUUCAAAUCAUAAUAACGGUGGUUUGAUGGCUAUUGCAUUACUUUAUGCAUUCUUAUUUGUGGUUGGUACUUGUGGAAAUGCUGCUACCUUAGCUGUUGUGUACCACGUUAGAUCCGUUGAUCCCAGGACUCGACAAAAUACUACUUUGACUUAUAUUUGUGUGUUAAGCAUCAUUGACUUCAUAAGUAUGUUGCCGUUACCGAUGACUAUCAUUGAUCAAAUAUUAGGAUUUUGGAUGUUUGGAACAGCAAUUUGCAAAUUAUUUCGAUUAUUUGAACAUAGUGGAAAAAUUUUUAGCACUUUCAUUUUGGUGUGUUUUAGCAUAGAUCGAUACUGCGGUGUUUGCCAUCCACUGAAGGUUGAAUUGCGGAAAACAAAAACAGCUUAUUUUAUGCUAACAUUUAUGUUCUGCAUAACAUGUAUUAUGCUUUGUCCCAUCGUGAUUUUUGCUCAGUCAAAAGUUGAUUUAACCUUUUUUGAAUUCCAUUAUUUCAAUUUACAACAUGAGAGGACACCAUAUUGGACAUCGGUACUUUAUUUACUUUAUCUCGAAAUAUUCCCACCAGCAGAAUUCCAAAUGCCCAAUUCAUCAUUCAUUUAUUUCAUGUAUGGAGUUCAUGCAUUGCCGUAUAUCAAUUCUGCAUCAAAUUUUAUAUUAUAUGGUCUUCUUAACCGGCAGUUAAGUCAAUCGUGUUCGAAAAAAUAUUCUAACGUUUCACGAAAAACGCAACGUCGUUUAAUUCAACUGCAAGCUGAUUUCAUGGAUUAUAAUGCCAGAAAAAGACUUUACGAUGAUCCUCCUUCCUUUUUAUCAAAUGCUAAAAAUGCAUCGAUCAUCAAUUCCAAUAAUAUUAGAAAUGCGAUGAAUGACGAGAAAUUAGAAAAGAAUGCUGACAGAGCAAAUAUAACUUUAAUAUCACAAACAAUCAAUAGCAGCAACAAUGGCAUAUGUAUGAAUAAAUUAUCUCAACAAGAAGAUGUUAUCAGUGUUAAGGAUCUAUCCAAUGUUAUCUUAACAGCAACGAACAGCGAGGAUAGUUUGAAUGAUGUAAAGCUCUGA